AUGCUUCUCAGAAUCCUCUUCUUGAUCGCAACAGCCUCGUUAGCUCUCAGCGAGCCUAUCAUCUCGGCUCUCAGGACUGCGGGCUACACGCAGACUGCCGCUUUUCUCGCAGCCCAUCCGGCCUAUGCCAAAGCGAUCUUUGGGGUCCCCGGAUACCGAGGCGAUGUGACCUUUCUCGCUCCGUCAGAUGCAGCUUGGAAGGAGCUUGCGCCAUCGCAGAACAAUCGCACCUUCCUCGGCGAAGUCUUGCUACCGCUUCAUCUGCUUCGAGAUCAGAUCAACCCAAAGACCGUGGCUCAUGCGCCAGCUCAUACCAUCGUGCGCACGGCUUGCUUCACUGGAACCAAUCUGGGCAAGCAUGCCCCCGCGCCGGCGUUCUUGAGCAUUGCAGAGGAUGGAUCACUGCAGCAUUUGUCACGCAUGAUCAAUACCGGCACGACCGUCGACACGAGCAAGAACAUCGUUUCGGACGAAGGCGUGAUCGUCUAUGGCGUCGAUGCGUGGAGCGAGGUACCCGCGCCCAUGCAUACGGCAGUCUCAUCGGUGGCCGCACAAGCCAGCGAAUACCCCGGCAUGCUCAGGCUAGCCGAUGCUAAUGGCAACCUCGUCUACCAGAUCGAGGCCGGGACGGCUGUCACCCUGUUUGUGCCGCUCAACGACAUCAUCAUUCGCGACCUCGCAAAGCUCAAGGCUAUGCCUGCCUGGCAACUCGUUGCGCUCUUCAGCAACAAUAUCAUCAAAGGUGCAACGAUCUACUCGACACAGAUCAACGGCGUUUUGACCGCUUCGAGCGCUGCCGGCACGCCCAUCACGAUCAAGCGUCCUGCGACCGGAGGCUUCACGGUCACCAACAACGGCCAGACUUUCGAGGUCUAUGCGGCCGACAUUCCGAUGAGCAACGGCGUCGUCCAUAUCUUACAAGGCUACUUCGACAACACGGAAGCGCACUGGCAGUUUGGCAAUGCUGCUAUUGCAAAGUAUCUCUCCUAUACCAAUUCGGGCAUCGUGCCCUCGUGGGGUGAGAUCGAUGACAUGACGCCCAACACGCUAGGCAGUCGGACGCUUGGAAAGUAG